UAUUAUAAGACCAUAUACCGGGUUUAAAUGUAUGUAUAUUUUUGUGUUGGACUUUGACCGUUGCCAUUCAUGCAUGACCAUUACAAAACACUGGCUUAUGGUAGUCAUAACGUAUAAGAAAAUUUAAAACACCAGUAUUGAUCAUUAUUUGCAAAGGAGUCGAAUAGACAACAGAUUGAAUAACAAUGGCAACUAUCAAAGUGAAUAGUCCAAAUGUAACGUACACAGAAGAAUACAUAGAAUCUAAAUAUGAUUACCAAACAUCACAGGUACGGAACGGUCCUGAUGGAACGAUCAACGUUACUCCAGUCACCACGCAGUACACAUUCCGUACAGAAAGGAAGGUACCAAAACUAGGAGUGAUGUUGGUAGGAUGGGGAGGAAACAAUGGUUGUACUGUAACUGCUGCCAUCUUGGCAAACAAGCACAAAAUGUCAUGGCAUACGAAGGAAGGCCUUAAACAUGCCAACUAUUUUGGGUCUAUAACACAGGCUAGCACUGUAGGUCUUGGUACCGGACCGGAAGGAGAGGUUUAUGUUCCAAUGAAAGACAUCCUGCCAAUGGUAGACCCUAAUGAUGUUGUUAUUGAUGGAUGGGACAUAUCAUCCAUGAAUAUUGCCGAUUCAAUGGAAAGAGCUAGAGUGCUAGAUUAUAACCUACAAGUACAGCUUCGUCCUCAUAUGAAGCACAUGAGACCACGCCCAUCAAUUUACAUACCAGAUUUCAUUGCUGCAAAUCAGGAAGAACGGGCAGACAAUGUUUUAACUGGCAGCAAGAAAGAACAAUUAGAUCGAAUCCGAAAAGAUAUCCGUGAAUUCAAGGAAGAAAGUGGUGUCGACAAAGUCAUAAUUUUGUGGACAGCUAACACUGAGCGGUAUAGUGAUCUCAUCCCGGGUAUCAACGACACUUCAGAAAAUUUGUUAAGAAGCAUUAGGGAAGGAGAAAAAGAAAUUUCACCUUCAACUCUAUUUGCUGUAGCUUCUAUUCUCGAAGGAGUUACAUACAUCAAUGGGUCUCCCCAGAACACAUUUGUACCAGGUGCCCUUGAAUUAGCCAAUAAGAAGAAAGUAUUUAUUGCUGGUGAUGACUUUAAGUCAGGACAGACAAAACUCAAGUCAGUUCUUGUUGACUUUCUAGUCAGUGCUGGAAUCAAGCCGGUUUCUAUCGUUAGCUAUAACCAUCUUGGAAACAAUGAUGGUAAAAACUUGUCAGCUCCACAAACAUUCAGGUCAAAAGAGAUUUCCAAAAGUAAUGUUGUCGAUGAUAUGGUUGACUCUAAUGAUAUUCUCUAUCAUGACAAGAAGAAGCCUGAUCAUUGUGUGGUCAUCAAAUACGUACCUCAUGUAGGAGACAGCAAACGUGCAAUGGACGAGUAUACGUCAGAGAUAAUGAUGGGAGGAUCCAAUACCUUGGUGAUUCACAACACUUGUGAAGAUUCGUUGUUAGCGAGUCCUCUUAUAAUAGACCUAGUCAUUAUUGCUGAAAUUUGUGAACGAAUUCAGUUCAAAACUGAAAAUGAAAACAACUUUCAAAGCUUUAAUAGUGUUUUGACAAUUUUGAGUUAUUUAUGUAAAGCCCCGUUGGUACCCGCAGGAACACCAGUCGUAAAUGCCUUGUUUAAACAAAGGUGCUGUAUCGAGAACAUAUUCCGGGCUUGUAUCGGAUUAGCUCCCCUUAAUAACAUGAUGUUGGAAUACAAACACCAGACAAUUGCAAAUCCUAUUCAGCGUGACAACUCUUCUUCUAUAAUUGCAAUGAAGAAAACUGCUCAAAUAAAUGGUGCAUCAGGAAAACAAUUAAUUGUAUCUAAAAGUGACAGUGACACCGAUUGUGAAAAAUGAAAACAAACAAA